AAUGCCAACGAGAAGUGGGACCAAUGUACAUAUGGUACUACCUUCUCAUUAUCUCCAUGAAUUGCCAGCACAGACGGAGGAGAGACUCUCCAAGAUUUUUCAACAAUUGGACAUCGACGGCAAUGGAAGGAUCGAUGUACAUGAUUUGGCACAGGCUCUUCAUCAAGUUGGCGUACACAAACGAUAUGCAGAGAAAUUCCUGCAAGAGUCUGACAGCACCAAAAGCGGCGAUAUAAGUCUAGCUGAAUUCAUUCACUACGUUAUUGAGCAUGAAAAGAAACUUCGUCUGCAGUUUACCCAUCUUGACAAAAAUAAAGAUGGUAAAAUUGAUCUGGAGGAGUUGAUAAGUUCCUUUAACAAGGAUCUGGGGAUAAAAAUGGACAGAACUGAAGCAACAAAAUUAUUACAAAGAAUGGAUCGAGAUGGCAGUUUGAGUAUAACUUUCAAUGAAUGGCGAGAUUUUCUGUUGUAUGCACCGAGCGAUGACAUUCACGCACUUAUCACAUAUUGGCGACACUCUACAUAUAUGGAUAUUGGGGAAGAUAUGGGCGUCCCCGAUGACUUCACAAGCAGUGAAAUGAUCUCAGGAAUGUGGUGGAGACAUCUGUUAGCUGGUGGGAUUGCUGGUGCUGUUUCACGUACUUGUACAGCUCCACUAGACCGAAUAAAAGUUUAUCUCCAGGUGCAUGGAACACGACACUGCAAUAUUACCAGUUGCUUCAAGUAUAUGUUAAAAGAGGGUGGUAUACAUAGUUUAUGGCGAGGGAAUGGAAUUAACGUACUUAAAAUUGGACCUGAAACAGCUCUCAAGUUUGCAGCGUAUGAACAGAUUAAGAGAUUCAUCAAGGGAAAUGAUUCAAGGGAAUUAGGCAUUGAUGAGAGAUUUAUCGCUGGAUCUGCUGCUGGGGGUAUUAGUCAAUCUGCAAUUUAUCCAUUAGAGGUCUUGAAAACGAGACUUGCAUUGAGAAAGACAGGUGAAUUUAACAGUAUCAUAGACGCAGCCCAAAAAAUAUAUGCUCAAGGUGGCUUAAAAAGUUUUUACCGAGGAUAUAUACCCAAUUUAAUUGGCAUUCUACCCUAUGCUGGGAUUGACUUGGCUGUGUAUGAGACAUUGAAAAAUAGGUAUUUACGAUCACACAGUAAGAAUGAACAACCAGCCUUUUGGGUUCUGCUUUUGUGUGGCACUGCCUCGAGUACAGCAGGACAAGUGUGUUCUUAUCCCCUCGCUCUAGUCAGAACGCGAUUGCAAGCAGAAGUAUCUAGUACAAAUUCAAGAACUAUGAUCGGCGUCUUCCAAGAUAUCUUGCAUACAGAGGGUUUUCGUGGAUUGUAUCGUGGUCUAACACCUAAUUUCCUGAAGGUUGCCCCAGCAGUAUCAAUAAGCUACGUGGUAUACGAGCACUUCAGACAAGCUCUAGGCGUCAACAUGACGUGAUGAAAAUCUCUGCUAGGGUUUAUUAAUUUUUCAAUUAAAUUAUUAUCAGCUGUAAAAUAUUAAACGAAUGGAAGUGAAUAUAAUCAGAAAAAUGGCGAUUCGAGCACUAACCAAAAGAUAGGGUGUUUUUGCUCUCGCUACGAAUUUGACGCAUUGACCCUUAAUACUUGUUCUUCGACCGGUUUGACGAUUCCAAUGAGGUGAAGCAUCAUGUGUAAUUUAUGCUCAAAAAAUCAUUUUCAUUCUCAUCAUAUUUUAAUUCUCGAUCAAAGAAUCGUGUGUGGCCUAUGCGAGUAUUAUAUUAGAAAUUAUCGUAUGUGUCUCUGUACACGUUCACGGAGACUUUAAAACCAUUUUAAAUUACAAGAAACAUCAAUUAAAAACUUAUAAAUAUAUGAAAAAAUUUAAAAUUCGUUAGAAAAUGGCAUGGCAUUUCUUCUGAAAUUUUCGACGAAAAUAUGCAAUAGAACAAGUUGAUGAAAUUCGAUUUUUCUAAUUGUUUUUUUCUUCUGAUUUUUUUUUGCCGAAAAAAUAAAAUGACUAUUAAAGUGGAGAAAAAAUGUUCAAUUGAAUUCCAUAUUCUACUUAAUUGAGCAUUGGUCCCGACAAGAAGGGAUUUUUGGAAAAACUGUAGAGUAACAUUUUUUUUUUGCUACAAAUAUUGUUAACUCAAGAUAUAGUCUGACAUUUAUCUCUAAAACAUUUCAGUACCGACUUAGCUUUAUGAUUAGAGGAAUGUAACAUAUUGACUCUGGAUUUUAUCAUUUUACUACUGCAGAAUUUUCAAUGAAAAAUUACGUGCUUCAUUGCAUUGUCCGUUUUGGAACUCUAAGUGUUGACAUAAAAAGUGCAUCUAAAGUAUCAUUCCCAGCGUGAAUUAUACCACGCGUAAUGCCAUAUUACGAGAGGUGUAUCUGAAAUAACAUUUUUCCUACAGAACUGAGAUAGAAAUCUUAGAUUCUAUUUUUGUUUCUGCCUUAAUGGAGAUUUACGAUUUUUUCAUUCAAAAAUUCAGCAACGGUUUAAAAGUGGACAAUAGAGUUAACUCAAUUUCAAUUUUCAAUGAUUCUUUCAUCAAACACUAAAUGAAAGUGUCUUGGAAAAAAAAAAUUUCUAUCGCACUGCAAUUUCGAGUCAUAUCGCGAAAAUUACCCAAUACUUUUGGAUCAACUUGAACACAUUGACUACUUCAUUACCGAAUUAAGAUCCAAUUAGGAGUGAGAUGGUUUUACAAUUGAUACAGAUUUUUUUUUAAUGAGAAAACUGUAUGGGACUGACGGCACAUGACUGUAAAAAUGAGCAAUCGUAAUCAUUACUUUUUUCCCUUUUAGUUGAAUAUUUUUUAUAGCUUCAUCAUGUACAUACAAUGUAUAGGUUUUCUGUAAGAAUAAACAUUAUUUAUUGACGA